UACGGUAGAGCAUUUGUUUGUCCGUCAGCUCGUGUAAACUAGCACAAGAUAGAAUGUGUAAAAAAAUAUUUCUGUCAACGCUAAAAAUAUUUCCGGUAAUUCUGCGCCCUGAUGGCUCAACAGAACCAAAAUGUCGAAAACACAGAGCAAGACACCAGCUUCCCUUUCCACUGCUCGUCGAGACGUCGAGCCGCCGCAUACGUAGCUGUAGCCUUCGCAGUAUGCGCCAUCGUAGCCGCCGUGACGGCAACCACAGUUAUACUUCUGCAGCGUAACCACGACCCCGGAAGCAGUGCCUUAAUCAACGACCAAAGCCCAGCUCCAAAGUGCGACAGCGCUCAAUGUCUCCAAGUGUCCCGGCUUUUCGAAAAUACGAUAUCACGGGAUGCUGAGCCGUGCGACGACUUCUACGCUUACAUCUGCGAAGGGUGGAAGACCGCCGCAGCGCAAUCCAGAAUAUCCACCGUGUUCGUGUUGCACAGCACGAAUCUCACUUAUGCCGUCAUGGACAAUCUUGAACAUACUGUUGUGGAGGACAGUGGACAAAACACCUUUCAAAAGGCUGCCGGGUUAUACCUUGCCUGUCUGAACAUUUUGAACGGCACAGAGGAAGACGAGAAUGUUCCAGGUGUGAUCUCCAAUUUUUUUAAAGACAGAAAGAUCUCGUUCGUUAUGUCAUCCACUAUAGAUUCGGUGGAGUUGUUCCUGGAUCUUGCGUUUCGUUACCGCAUUCCUACCCUUGUGGACAUUGAAGUAGAAAACCUCGCGGUAUUAAGAGGUCUGCUGGGAGUUGUGGUUUCUCUGAGAGAUACUCUUGGUAGAAGAUUUCCUGAGACGACAGAUAAUAUUUUUAAGCACCUCGUCUGGUUGGGCGGCCGCAGAUCAGUUGAACUGCACACUGUGGCUUCUACAAUUAAAAAGACCGACGAUGUAAUAUCGGCGGCUGCCAAAAUAGCCUUAAAUGAUAAUACAAAAGUACCCAGAGACGUCUCGUUGUACUUGCUGGAAAGGUUCGAGAAAGUGGCAACCCAGAAAUCUACUGGACGCUGGAAUGAAAACAUGCGAGCUUUCUCUAACGGUAUCCUACCAGGCCAGCAUUACCUCGCAGUGAAAGGGGAAAACGUUGUUACGUUUCUCAACAGUGUGUUUAAGAACGUUGAUUCUCACGACCUGGGCCUCUGGCUUGGGUACGAAGCAUCACUUUACUUGAAACAGUUGGUACAUCACGGCGCGGUCGAUGACGAUCACAAGAGACGACUGCUGCCUCAGUGGAAGCGCCGAUGCCUCAAGCUCACCUCGGAGGUUAUGCACUUCGCUACCUACUCUUCCUAUUUUUACAAGGUGAUGCCACCAGACGAAGCAGACGUGGCGGGUCUGUCAAUCGUGAACUCAACCGCGGAUGCUAUCAUGCGGCGAAUCAAAGACUCCACAUGGCUGGAUGACUAUUCGAAGCUGUCUGCGCUGCGUAAACUCGAAAUGAUGGAAAAGAAUGUCGGUUAUCCCAGAGAAGCCAAAGAUAUGAAAACGCUGGACGAGUACUACGAGAUAUACCCAGACAUGACAUCUCCUUUCCUCAAGUCCUGGCUCCGCGCCUCCCACGCCCACGCACAAAGGAUCAUAGAACGUCUUCAAGAACCCAACCAGCUGGACCUAAACCGAGACAUGUCACUCGUGAAUGCGUUUUAUCAACCUUUACUAAACCAGAUAGUCGUUCCCGUUGCACUGCUGACACCUCCCUUCUUCGCUGGGAUUCCUGCUGUGAAUUACGGAGCUGUGGGUCAUCUGGCCGCCCACGAGAUGAUGCACGCUUACGACGUGUUUAGCAGUCAUCUGGACGAGUACGGUAGGAAGCGCGAUCUGUGGACGCCAGAGGUCAGAGAAGAGUACGGUAAACGGAUCCAGUGCCUUAGACACUCGUUCCAGGAACCAGGUUCGUCAACAGUCCUGACGGCACCAGAUGACAACUUGGACUCGGAAAUGAUGGCUGAUUUUAUCGGAGUGUCCGGAUUGUACGACGCAUAUCGGACGCAACCGCGAGUUGUGCUAGAGGGCCUCGACCAGUUCAGUAGUGAUCAACUGUUCUUCGCGUCGUUCUGCUUCAAGUGGUGCUCGAACGCAAGGCCGGCUUCGCGCUACCCUGAAUUCCGGGAAAGGUGCAAUGCUCCGCUGAGGAAUACCGAACAGUUUGCGUUAGCUUUUAAUUGUAGUUCUGAAACUUACAUGAACGCGCGUGAAAAAUGUUCAUUUUGGUAGAGGCGAGAUACUUCGUGUUGCUAUAAAUGUAAUGACAGUUGGCCUGUUUUUAAACAGUUGCCACAGCCUUUCCUGAGCCUCAACCACGUACAAUAUAGCACACACAUAGUAGCGUGUCGUGUACUGCGAAUACAAUAAGUACACACGCGCACAUGCUGCACACGUGAGGGGGGGGGGGGGCGUGGCCUCCCCUUGAGCUCCAAGAUCACCUGUGGAUAUUGUGCGCUCUUUUUUUAUGCUCGUCAUGCUUUUUCUCAGAUGUCGUCAUGUGGCGCAUCCCAUUGGCAGAGCUGGGUCACAGUUCUGCACCAGGAAGGGGCAAAAACUGUUCUAUUGGCGGCAUCGGGACAUGUAUUGAAUGUUCCAUUGGUAAAGCAGGGGCACGACGUUUGCUCCGAGGAGCAAUGGUUUUUGAUAAAGCGAUUUCCUUUGGCCAGCGUUUGGCCAUUACCGUGACGUCAGAUCGGUCAUCACUCCGCCCACUUGACCGGAAUGAAAAAUGAAAGGCGAGCCGCCGCGGCACGGGGAGAUUUUGAAGGCUGUACCUCCUCUCCAAAUUGGCGAAGGCGGUAGCUCUGAUCCAAAAUGGUGCCACUGGCCUUGGCUCCACCCAAUGGCCAAACUCCUGCUUGAACGAGUGCUAGAAUGCCAUUGACGAGGCAAACCCGUACGACUCUGCCACCCAGCGCUUGGCAAAAUUUGCACUCCUAAUGGAAUUCGCCGUUAAUCUUAUCCACCGGAUCAUGCAGAGGUUUCGACAUCUGAAAACACAAAUUAACGUUGCAACAUGUGCAGCUAAAGAAUGUGUAAUACAGUCGCCAACAGAUAUAUUUCAAAGUAAAAAAAUUCGGACUUUCCAAUUUCUCAGACAAAACACUUGGCCCUGUCAAACGCCCCAUAGAGGCAAUGCAUUUCGGCUUCCAAUAUUUUGGACCUUGUUUCAGACGGACUGCCCCGUUUUUCGUACUCAUUUCAUUCCGAUCAUGCCUAUUUUUUCGGACUUUUCGUUUUCCAAGAGCCAACACAGACGCACUGCAGUGCGGUUCGGGACUCGAUAUUUUCGACCGCGUCACGAAGGGAAGCGCGCCAACCCGGCGCAUGCGUAGAAGCGCAGCGCGCGCGUGCGCGAAUGCGAAUCUUAGUAGCGCGAGAGCGGAGGUCCGCGAUACGUUCGAUGUGUACGCAGAGGUGGACAACAGUGCCCCAUUCUGCAAAUAACUAACUGAUGUCAACAUCGUCGGCCAGGUUCUCGAUCUGCCGCCGAAAGGUCCAGGCGAUGCGUUAUCCCGUGUACGCGCAGGAAAUCAAACACGUGUCAACAGUUAUUUCAGGCCAGUGGGAGUGCUCAAAUAAAGUUUUUUUUUUUUUAACAUUACAGAUUCAAGUCUUUGUCUAAAAAUUCGGACUGAUUUUGUGGCUCCUUCAAGUCCGCAAAAUCGGUCGGCGACUAUAGAUGCUUUCUGGAUGACUUGUGUAAUCGACAAAGCAGGUUGUCCGCAAGCCCACGAUGUGCAGAUGAAAGGGGUAAAGUUUGGUUGGGUGGCAAUGCAGCAGUGGCGUAGCCAGACCUCCAAGGUAAGGGGGGCUCGAUACAAAAAUCCGCCCACUUUCGCCCUCCCCCCGCUAUUCCUGGGUCCGCCAACACACACAUUUUAUUGUCAGCUGGCUAUUGCGCACACCGCAAGAUAAGGGAUGCAAAUCUAGACUGAUUUGAACGUUCACAAUGCGAUUACAUGUAGGCUGUUAUGGCCAAUGAGGCCCUGUCACCAGAUUAGACGUAUUUAGAUACGCUUAUACUUUGAAAGCCAUUCAAGAGUGCAGACAGACGCAGGAACUGCAAGAAGAUCGCGAUCGUCACACCGGUACCCCCUCCCAUAUAUUAUUUUCUCGUCGGAUUUGCACGAUUUGCGUGGGUCGGCCCCUAGCAAGUAGGAGGGUUCAGUGUUAGAGCAUGCUGCUGGGCUGAUCAGCACUCAAAAGCAUUUUUUUAUGUCGUGUGGCUGGAGUGCAUCUGAAAAACUAUAGCAUUCUCAUCAAACUGUUUUCUCUCUCUCUCUCUCUCUCCAUUUUUUGGUUCCAGUCCCAUUCCAGACUGGGUGUCUGGUUCUGAUACUAAGCAUUACAGACCAGGGAAAGGGAACAGAAACGGCAAUGGGAAACAGUAUUUUACCGGAAAUAUAGCAGGUAACGGUAGCAGAAACAGAAACGGAUAUCGCACACUCAGACUACCUGGAACAGAAACGGAAACGAAAAUAAUUUACAGUAACAAUUUGGGUACUGUAGGACCCGAAUUAUUACAAUCUUUUAUCGUGUCAUUUAGAUACAUUUAUGAAAUAAAGCUGAAUGAAGCGUACCAAAAAUUAAGACAGGAACUAAAACUAAAAUGAACAAUGAAACUGGAGCACAUAAGUAAAUCAUAUAUAGUAAACAGACGACACAUAGUGUUCAUACGAAUCUGGUGACUUGCAAGUUGCAAACGUGAGUAACAUUCCUGAAAACCUUGUUCAUAUAUUAUGAAGGGACGUGCCUUCAUCUUCCUUACCGGCUCACUGGAUUUUCUAACCUUCUACCUUGCUCAUAUAUUAGCUAUGCAAAGAAACCACUUACUAUAUCUUUGAAUAAAUGUUGUCUGCUGUGUGCACGUAUCCCUAAAGUCCCCAGAUAGAUAGAUUUAUAUACGUAGAGGUAUUAAGUUUUGUCACAGUCCCAAAUUAAGCUUACA